ACGAAUGCCUCAAAAAGCUCAAAAAAGAAAAAGGAAAAUCGCACUGAAGCACUUUAGCUAAGCUAGCUAGCACGCUAGCUUAAAUUCAUAUGUGAUUCUUGAGUACAAUGCUAUGAUUAUAGCGAAGGGAAUUCACUCCACUGAAUGCUGUUACGUUCGCUGGCUCGCUGCUGUGUUGGGUUUGUGAUAACGCUGACAGUACAACAGAACAGAGUAUCAGGACAGGAGCAGUAGUUCAUGGAAGAUAAGAAAAGGAAAAAAGACGAUAAAAGGAAAAGGGAAGCCUCUCAGAAGGUUGCAGAACAAAAAAACAAAGUGCCAGACUUGAACAAGCCGGCAUCUGCCCAGUCUCCUGCCACUCAGAGCAGCUCUGCCUCCCCCAGCCCUGGACCCACCCCCUCUGCCUCUCCAUCCCCAGCCACCUCAGGCUCUGGCAGUGCUGCCACCCCGUUACAGGGCGGCAACAAUGCCAAACGCCUGGCGGUGGCCAACGGACAGCCCACCUCCACCACCAGUUCUUCCUCCACCGCUGGCGGCCCCAGUACUACUGGAAACGGCAGUACAAGUAGCGGAGGCGGAGCCCAGGCGCCGCAGCAGCAACCACGCUACAUGCCGAGAGAAGUGCCACCACGAUUCCGCUGCCAGCAGGACCAUAAAGUGCUACUGAAGAGGGGUCAGCCGCCACUGUCCUCAAUGCUGCUGGGAGGGGGAGGAGGGGAUGGCCCAAAUGCAAACAUGGCUGCUGUCUCAGAUUCUGGUGCGGCUGCCUCCUCAUUGGCCCUCACCUCAUCAUCAGCUGCUGCUUCUACUACUACUUCUAAUUAUGCAAAUUCCAUGUGGGGGGCGAGCUCAGGCAGCCAGACCUCCUCUCAGGGCAGGGAGAAGGUGAUCGUAGAUGGCAACGACCUGGAAGAGUGGCCUAGCAUCGCUGGGAGUGAUGGAGGAGCAGCUUCAUUUGCCAGGGCUGGAGGGGGCAGCAGCAACAAUGGAAUGCCUGUGAACAGCAUCAGUGCCUCUGGCAACCAUUCCUCACCCACUUCCUCGUUCUCUUUGCCCAAUGAAUGUAUGCCGUCGUCUAACAGUGUGGCAUGGGGGACAGCUGCCUCCCAGGGUCAUCUUGGAGGAGGGAAUGCAGUAGCUGCAGCUGGGCCCUUGCUACAACAGCCCUCCUCAAUAUCCAAAGCCUCCACUGUGCCAGGGAGCCAUGAUGCCAGUGGCCCCAUCGAUGGAAGCAGUGGGAUUCCAGGUGCCAACUUCAAUCCAAAUGCCAACCCUUCGGCCUGGCCUGCCCUUGUGCAGCAAGAUGGGCCUGCUGCUGCAGGGGAAGGAGGUCUGUCUUCCUUCCAUCACCAGGGCCCUGGAGGGUCUUUGUCUGCCAACAACUCUUCUUCCCUGGGCCUGGGAAGUGGGGCAGUUGGGGUGCUGGGGGGUCACCCACCUUUAUCUGUGAAUCAAUCAAGCACCCAUCAGCAGCAACUUCAAAAAAUGCAAUCCAGAGACAGAGAGAUGGGAGGAGGGAAGUGGAACAGUGAAUCAGCGGGACCAAAAAUUGCAGGUGGGGAAGGUAUUGGUGGAGGAAUGGACCGUGGUGUGGGAGGAGGUGGGAUAACUGUGGGAGACCACAACCUUGCCUCCUCAUGGAGAGGCCAGCCUUCUUACCCUGCAGCUAACUCCAAAACGGGUGCCUCAAGGACUGAUGGAUGGGAGGGUGUAGGAGGUGGCACAGGGGGAUUUGGAACUGUUGAAGGGGACAAUGGGACCUCGAGUUGGGGUUGUCCCAGUUCUACUAGUGGGGCAAGUGCUUGGGGCAAUGCUGGAACUGGGGGAAACAGUAGUCAGACCUCUGGGGUAUCUCAGGGAGGGUGGGGGUCAUCAGGAGCCAGUGGGGAGAGACCAGUUUCUGGUGGUGAAUGGGGUGGGAGUUCUUCUGGAAUUGGUGGAGCUAACCCAGGAGGAGAGAGAAUGGGUGGAGCCUGCAGCAGCAACAGCAGCAGUAGUGGGGGCAGCACCGCUGAUAACCCCCCUGUCACCUCUUCAUCUUCCUCAACAGCCACCACUAUGACCAGAGCCUGGGACAAUCAGAAAGGAGAAGGUGAAACUGGGGAAUGGGGUGGGGGAGUAGAGGGACAGGGAGCACAGGGAGGAUCUUCAUCCAGCGGUGGAAACUCCCGAAAUGGGAGUGGACCUAACAGCAGUCACAGUCGUCCUCGCCACCCGGCACCUAAUCCUGAAACUGCCUUACAGAACCUGCUAAGCCGGACUGAUCUGGAUCCACGAGUCCUAUCCAACACAGGCUGGGGCCAAACACAAAUUCGACAAAACACAGCCUGGGAAUUUGAAGAACGUGGAGGACAGAAUAAAGGUGUAUUUUCAACAGCUACAUCAAAACACCCAUCUUCCCUUGGUGGCGGUUCACAGCUUUCUGGGGGACCCAGGACCCUAAUCACUGAAUCAGCGGGUCCAGGGGUCAGUCCCUCCCUAGUUCCAUCUGCUGGGUCCGGAGAGGGUUGGGAGAGCAGCAGCAACAGUAGCAGUAGCGGGGCCUCGUUGUCUGGGAGAGCCCCACCACCUUCAGGCCCCAACAUGAGGAAUCUUGGCGUCUCACAAUCUGGGCCAGUAACUACAACAGGAUUAGGUAUGGGGUCAGGGGGAAUACCAGGGCAUAACGAGCAAGGGAAAGCUAUAGGCUGGGGUGAAGGAGUUGGGUCUGGGGAUGGCCAGGAAACCAAGGGUUGGGGGAAGGAGGAAUGGCGAGACAGUAGUAGGGGAGGAAAUGGACGUGGAUGGGCCAAUCUUGGGCAACAGGGUGACCCAGUGAGUGGAGGAUGGGGAGGAAAUCAGGAGGAGAAAGGGGCAGGGGGUUGGAAAGACAUGGGUGGGAAUGGAGGAGGAAGUGGGUGGGGAAUGGGACAGAAGGGUGGGGCAGGUAGGGAUUGGGGAGAGCAAGAGUCCAAAUCAAACCGUGGAGGGGGAGGAUGGGAAGAUGAGAGGCCAAAUGCAGGCGGAAACUCAGGUGGGGAUAAAGGCGCGGGUUGGGGAGGCUGGGAUGAUAAUGCUCCACGGAGAACGUGGGGAGCAGGGGGCACAGGAGGAGGAGGAGGGAGUGGAGGAGGGGGAAUGGGUGUUGUUGGGGGUAUGGGGUCCAAACCCAAUCAAAAUUGGAGUGGAGGAAACAAAAUGCACCAGAUGCCAAACAGCCAGCUGGGCCCCAUGACAGGCCCACAGGCACAACUGCAACAGCAACAAUCACAGCCCCGCAAUCAGCUGCAACAAGCGUUGGACCAAGGGGCUAUGCAAGGGGGCGGGGGGAGGAAACCCAUCUCUCAAGCCCAGAAUCAGAACCAAAGCUCAGGCUGGUCCUCGGGGCCCAUCCCUGGUGGGCCUGCAGGAGGUGGAAGUGGAUCUGAACCAAGUGGUUGGGAGGAACCCUCGCCGCAGUCGAUAAGCAGAAAGAAUGAAAUCGAUGAUGGAACAUCAGCAUGGGGAGACCCAACCCAUUACAAUUACAAACCAGUCAACUUGUGGGAUAAGAACAGUGCCCCUGCUGGUCAGCAGUCACACAUUCAAGGCCAGGCUCAGCAGCCUCAGCAGCCGCAGCAGCUGCAGCAGCCGCAGCAGCUUCAGCAGCAGCCGCAGCAGCUUCAGCAGCCUCAGCAGCCUCAGCAACCUCCGCAGCUUCAGCAGCCUCAGCAGCUUCAGCAGCCUCAACAGCAGGGGCCUCCAAUACAGCAGCAGCAAUCUAGUAGGCAGCCUGCAGGGCUUGGAAGUAACAGAGACUUCAAUGCUGGCAAUGGACCAGGGAAAGCUUCAGCUAUGGAUUCGUCAGGUUGGGGGGGUGCUUCACCAGCUAGUCCUACAGUCGACAAUGGCACAGCAGCUUGGGGAAAGCCCACUGAUGCUCCUACAGGCUGGGGAGAGCCUGACAAUGCUGGAGGCAAGACAACUGUCUGGGGAAACCCUUCUCCCAACCCCAUUAAAUCCAGUUCAAAGACUAUGCAAGACGGCUGGGGUGAUAAAGAGGCCUCUGUUGCGGCCUCGCGUCACUCAAGCUGGGAGGAUGAGGAGGAAGGAGGCGGUGGCGGCGGCGGUGGUGGUGGCGGUGGCGGCGGCGGCAGCAGCAUGUGGAACAACACUGGCUCCCAGGGAAGUGGCUCAUCCUGGGGACAGGGGAGCAAUGGAGGCUGGGGACAGAACCACGCUGGGAAGAAGCCCAACAACAAGGGCCCAUUGAAAGCUGGUGGAGAUUCAUGGAUGAGUCCCAUUAACAGACAAUUCUCUAACAUGGGCUUGCUGAAUGAUGAUCCCAGUGGCCAAAACAUGGACCUGGCUCCAGGUUCUCUCCAGGAGAAGAAGAUGGAGGCAGAGAAAAGAGGCAUGGGAAUGAAUGAUUACAACGGAGACAUGCGGAAGGGAGGAAGAGGAGGUGGGAUGGCAUAUCGUCCACCUGGUUCAAAAGAGACGGCACUUGGAGACACUGGGUCCUACUAUGACAAGACCUUGCCUUUGACCAAUCAGGAUGGGUGCCUUGGGGAGGAGGGUCCUUGCUCUCUGUACUCACCACCCACUGUCUACAAGCCCCAUUCCCUCUUCAACCACACUAUCCCUUUUAGACAAGGUGGUCACAGUAUCUUUGGCGGUGGUGGAGGGAUGGCUCAGUCAAGACACCAGUCAAGUGUCCCACCCAUAAAUCAGUCCCCAGGGAUACGAGCGCAAGUGCCUCAUCAGUUCCUGUCGCCUCAGGUGCCAGGCUCCGUGCUGAAGCAGAUGCCCCCUCCCAGCGGGAGCGUGGGGGGUGUUGGUGGCAUGGGAGGAGUGGCAGGCGUCGGGGGAGGUGUGUUCCCUCCACAGCUGUCCCCACAGCACAUCGCCAUGCUCAGCAGCAUCUACCCACCUCAUAUUCAGUUUCAACUGGCUUGUCAGCUCCUCCUCCAGCAGCAGCAGCCACAACAACAACAGCAGCAGCAGCAGCAGCAGCAACAACAACAACAGCAGCAGCAGCAGCAGCAGCAGCAACAGCAGCAACUGCUGCAAAACCAGAGGAAAUUCCCACCAAAUGUGCGGCAGCAGGCUGACCCUCAACAGUUGGCCAGGAUCAUGGCAGUGCUCCAGCAGCAGAGGCAGCAGCAGCAGGUCGGAGGGUUAGGCGGCAGCUCCAAACUCUCCCCCUCCCACCACGGUGGAGGUGGUAUAGUGGGUCCCAAACUGCCUGUGGUUGAUCCCCUGCCCCACCCAGGACUGUCAGGAUCUGUGGCCGACCUGCAUCAGAAAAGCCUUGGCCCAUAUUCUGGUUUUGGUUCUGGGGUGAACCUUCCUGGUCUUGACCUGGGUGGGUCUGUUGUCGGGGGACCCAGCGGCAUGAAGGAACUUGGGGGGCAGCAGUCUCGCUUCAAAUGGAUGAUGGAGGGACAAUCCUCUCCAGACACAGCUUCACCUGAGAAUGCAUUCCAUAAAAAUGGUCCGGUCACCCCCAUAAAGAUGUCAGGGGGUUUGCCCUACUCUCAUUAUGACAUGAUGGUAGGAGACGGGAUGAGUGACAACUGGCAUCGCACCCCUGGCAAGAUGGUUACCAAGCCUGCCACCACAACCACCUGGCCACCCGAGUUUCAGCCUGGUGUACCCUGGAAAGGAAUUGACCGCGUCGACCCCGAAUCUGACCCCUACAUGACCCCAGGAAGCAUGAUGGGAAAUGCAGUGUCCCCCAGCCUCAAUGAUACCGAGCACCAGUUGUUACAAGACAAUACAGAUUCCACCCCUCCCCUCAACACCUUGCUGCCUUCACCUGGUGCCUGGCCCUACAGUGCCUCAGACAGUCCCCUCAACAACGCACACAACUCAGUAAAGUACACAGACUACAAGACCAGCUGGCCCCCAGAACCCAUCGGACACAAGUCCUGGAAAGCCAGCCAUGGCAGCAACCAGAACCAGCUGUCCCGCCUUCCUCCAGGACUCGCCAGUCAAAAGCAGCCAUCGUCUUCCCCUUGGUCAGGAGGAGCCCCACGAUUGGCUGGCAGGGGCUGGGGUGGAAGCUCGAGCAACACUGGCUCGACCUGGAGUGACGGAAGCUCACGGGAAAGCUGUUGGUUGGUUCUCAGCAACCUCACACCACAGAUUGAUGGCUCUACGCUGAGGACCAUCUGCAUGCAGCACGGCCCCCUGCUGACCUUUCACCUUGGCCUGACCCAGGGCACAGCUCUAAUACGCUAUGGCUCCAAACAGGAGGCAGCCAAGGCCCAGAGCGCACUCCACAUGUGUGUUCUGGGAAACACCACCAUCUUGGCGGAGUUUGUGAGUGAGGAGGAUGUGGCUCGCUACAUUGCACAUUCCCAGGCUGGAGGAACAGGUAGUGGAGGAACCACGGCCAGCUCCGCAGGCUCCGGGCCUUCAGCAACCUCUGCAGUCGGGGCCAACAAUAAUGGAGGAAGCUGCGAGAGAGGUGGAGUAGUGGGCAGCAGUGGAGGAGGAGGAGAAGGAGGCUCCACAGUUGGAGGAGCAGGAAAUGUAGGAUCCGGACCUACCAGCUCCGGGUGGCAGAGUCUGGACAGCACAGGCAGCUCAUCGGACCAGUCCGUCACCCAGGGGCCCGGGCUGGGCAUCUUCACCCAGUGGAGCAGCAAUGGGAACGGGGUGGGUGGAGCAGGAGGGGUAGAUGCUGGAAGGCAGGGUCUGUGGGGGGGAAUGGGUGGCAUGGGCGGCAUGGGCGGCGCAGGUUAUCCAAGCAGUAGCCUCUGGGGUUCCCCAGCCCUGGACGAUCGUCACCAGAUGGGCAGCCCCGCCUCACUGCUUCCAGGGGACCUGCUGGGCGGGGGGGGCGACUCCAUCUAAGCAUUCAACUAACACACACUCAAACACACACACUCUCUUAACAAGUCAUUUUACAAACGUCACUCUCUGUACUUAUUUACUCAGCAGAGAUGACGUGAAUUAAAGCUACACUGGUCACCUUACAUGCAGAAAGUCAACAUUUGUAAAACACACAGGCUGCAUUCAGUACAUCCACUUCACACACACACACACACACACACACACACACACACACACACACACACAUUCACACAUUCACUUAACUUUAAAUGAAGACAAUAGUAAAACUUGAACCGGGGGAAAAAGGUGAACUCCAUUCAAACUCUUUAGGACUCAACUGGACAGCUCUUUGUCUUUGUACUCCAAAUCCUACCAUCUGCAUUCAGAGACCCAGUCACUCAGGCAUGCACUGUAGACAGGCUCAGCCAGAGUCAUACAUGUCAACAAGUUUAGCUAUUGCUGUUUUUAGUGUGCCACACUUAUUUUUUUCUUUCUUUUUUUUUUGGUUUUCUUUUGUAUCACUAUUUAAUGGUUGAUUCUCAAAAAACAAAACGAAAAAAAAAGAUAUUCAGACUUGCAAACUGAGCCCUCGUAGACCUAGCAGGCGCGUACUUCUGAGUUCUCACGUUUGGAAGCUGGAGAGAGUGGGGACGAAGGGAUCUGGAGUCGGUAUGAAAAUAUGGGACAGCGCCACACUACUGAGUCAAACGGACGAUCAGCAGCCCCCUUUGAGACGAGGAAGAAAGGAGAGUGUUUUUCGUAGGUACUGACACCUUCUACCUUGGUGGAAAUAUGCCAUCAACAAUGGGACCCAGGGUUGUUAAAAAAUCAAAAAAAAAAAAUCUACAAAACAACAUUAGCCAAACUUGCACUAUAUGCCUUUGGGUUUGUUGUUGACACAUCAUCCACAAAAAAACUCCCCCCCCCCCCCCCCCCCUCCCCUCUCCCAUUUUUGAAACAGAGCUACAACAACUACACAGACCUUAACAGGACAAUUAAAUGUUACAGCAGCAGUGGCCUUGGCUCACGCGCAGCGGCCGCGCGCCACGUCAGCAGCAUCACGCCGUCUCAUCCGUUCCACGCUGCUCUUAUAUUUGACAAACAAAAUUGUAUCUCCUCGUUGAUGUACGUCGGUUGUUUAUCAUUAUCAUUAUUAUUAUUAUUAUUAUAUAUGUUUUUUGUUUUAAAAAAAGAAAAGAGAAUUGUGUGAACUUUGUGGAAAUCUAGAUGUCCUCUUUUUUUUCCCCCUUUUCUUUUUGCCCUUCAAACACUGACCUCGCUAUUAUAUUUUUCUUACUCGAGAAUUCAAGUUGGUUAUUCUAUAUUGUCAUGAUGAAAUGAUGACUAUGAUCACUUAUUUACUCGCUGUACAAGGUGCCCUCCUGCCUGCCUGUGUGUGCAUGAAAGGAGCGUCGACAGUAUGGGCCGAGUGGAGGAAGAUGUGAUGAAGACGAUGUCUGUCUGUGUUAUUGCUACAUUGAAUGUUUUUUUUUGUUGUUGUUUUCUCGUCCAUGAGAGAUUCAUGAGAUGUUUGUGCGUGUGUGUGUGGAUGUAAACAGGUUUGUGUGCUUGACUGACUGUUGUGAUGGCUAAAAAGUUCAAAAACAUUGGCACUAUUGCAUAUGUCUCUUACGUUGUGUUUUUUUUAGCUGCAUUUUGUUCCUGUUUGUAUUUUUCUUCUUUUUUUUUUCUGUCAAAUGCAAUAAGAGAAUGAUAUUUUGUUUUUAAAGACAAAGCAACCAACUGAAGGCAUUUCUAUUACAAUGCCAAAUCCUAUCAUACCAAGCUGAGCUGGAACAGUGUUUUACAAACACGUUAAAAGACAUUACAUAUGUUUAACGGUUUGUUUGUUUGUUUAUGUAUCAAUUUAAAUUAAGUCAGUCUUUAUUAUCACUCCUGUUCAGGAUGUUAUCAUUUAUUUCAGAUGUUACAAAAAAAAGGAGAGGAAAUUAAUUUAAAGCAGAAAAGAACAAGAUAAUAAAGAUUGAAUUGAAGGUUA